AUGGAAGCCCUCUUCACUUACUUCGACGCCAUCUCAGCCAGCAUCAAUGACCGAGAGGCCCAGCUCAAUACCUCUUUCUACGGCGUUAUGCCAGACGCACAGCUACUCCCACCGGGUGCGGAGAACUUCCACCGCGAGGUCCAGAGUCUUUUCAGCGCUACUGCCGCGCGUGGCUUGCCAUCGCGUCCCGACUCACCUCUUGAAUCGCCCAUUGGUCACAUAUACAAGCCUCAGCACCAGUUUAGCUCGGACAUUCUUGGGAAGUCUCACCCCCGAUUUGACGGUAAUGGCUUCAGCACGACGCUGGACGAAGACCAAAUCUUGGUAUCUAGCCUUUCAUCCUCGGCGGCCUACGAUGACCACCGGUCAACAUUCUGGCGCGAAUGGAAGGACGCGCGAAUCGCCCUGCAGUCAUGGGAGUUCGACGCACAAGGGGUUCUUGCUUCACAACCGGCCGGUCUCACAGCAACGCACGCACAGGUCCGUGACUUGGGCUCCCUGUCUGAGGCAUUCCGCUACGCAGCACUGCUCUACACGGAGCGCCUGGCGAGCCCGAGCGUGCCCAGCGCACACAACAACUUCCGCAACCUGGUCAGCCAGGUGGUAUACUACGCCACCUCACUUGAGGCCGGGUCCUCUGCCGAGAAGUUUCUCCUAUGGCCCCUAUUCGUGGCCGGGUCCGAGUGCGUCAACGAGAUGCAGCAGGGCAUCGUGCGCUCCAAGUGCCGCGAGAUAAUGGCCCGGUCGGGCUACAUGAACAAUCUCGCAGCUUUGGACGUGCUGGAGAGGAUCUGGGCGGGCGAGGGCAGGGAGCAGCAGCAGAACGGCAAGCUCAUGAUGAGGAGAGGCCCGUUCAGCUGGACGCGAUGCAUCGGUGGCCCAGGGGUCGAGGUUGAGUGGAUCAUGUUCUAA